CACAGCUUUCUGAAAGAUAUGGUUUUUAUUUUUUAAAUAAGCAACACGGUGCAAGGAAAUGUCCUAUUCUUUUUUUUUCUUAAGUCAAAAGCAACAAAAACAGCACACGUUUUGAGAUUCUGGAGUACUGUUUUCUGCAGAUGAAAGGAUGAAUUUCUGGACCACUGUCUUUGUCUUGUCUGCAGUAUGGCCAAGAGCUUUUGCUGUGACACGGUAUUCUAUAGAGGAGGAGAUGGAAAGGGGAUCUGUUGUGGCUAAUCUCGCUGCGGAUUUGGGACUUGAGCCUGGAGGUUUGGCACAACGAGAGGUAAAACUUGAUAUUUUCCAUAACAAGAAAUAUCUAGAUGUCAAUAAAAAGACAGGAGAGUUGUACAUCGUGGAAAAGAUGGACAGGGAAUAUCUUUGUCCUUCAAAAACUACCUCCUGUUUUCUAAAGCUUGAUGUUAUCAUAGAAAGCCCCUUACGCAUCUUUAACAUUGAACUUGGAAUAACGGACAUAAACGAUAACGCUCCACAUUUCCGACGAGACAGAGUAGAGCUCGACGUUUCAGAAUCGGCAACACCGGGAGAGAGAUUCUCUCUGCCUAAUGGUGUGGAUCCAGAUGUUGGCAUAAAUACAAUUAAAACAUACAAACUCAGUGUCAGUGAACAUUUCACCAUCGAAAUUCAGACGGGCAGUGAUGGAACUCAAUAUGUUGAUUUGGUGUUGACUAAGUCUUUAGACAGAGAGAAAAAUGCUGUCCAUAAUUUAAUACUGACUGCUGUGGACGGAGGGGUCCCUGUGCGCUCCGGAACCGCCAAUAUUAUUGUUAGAGUGCAGGAUACAAACGAUAAUCCUCCUCGGUUUGACAAGCAGACGUAUACAAUCAAUAUGACGGAAAAUGCCCCGAUUGGAACCUUAGUGAUGAAGCUUAACGCUACAGAUCUUGACGAGGGUUUAAAUUCAGAGAUAGUGUACUCAUUCACCCUUUACACUUCAGAAAAAACACAAGACGUGUUUGCAUUAAAUCCUAACACAGGGGAGAUAACUGUAAAGGGUACCAUAGACUAUGAAGAUAUGAAAGUUUAUGAAAUGCACAUUGAAGCAAGAGACAAAGGGACGCAUCCCCUGCUGGGGCAGUGCAAAGUGAUUGUCCACGUGACAGAUAUGAACGACAAUUAUCCAGAAAUUACCAUACAGUCUGUAAAAAACACUGUGGAUGAGAACAUCCCUGUAGGAAGUGUCAUUGCACUGGUAGGAAUAAGUGACAGAGACACUAGUGUUAAUGGCAACGUAAGUUUAUCCAUCAAUAAACCCAUGCCUUUUAUUCUCAACAAAACAUCAGAUAGGCCCAUGCACUACAAGCUCGUAGUGUCCGAACCCCUGGAUCGUGAAUCAGUGCCUGAAUAUGAUAUCACACUGAUUGUGACAGACGCAGGGACACCGCCUUUAUCUGAUAACGAAACAAUAACUGUGCAUCUAUUAGACGUCAAUGACAACGCGCCACAAUUUCCUCAGUCAUUUUAUACUAUACGUGUGAUGGAGAAUAACGCACCUGGAGCCUUGCUCAGCUCACUCACUGCGUUUGACCCUGACCUCCAUGAAAACCAGUAUCUAGUUUACUUCAUCCUGGAGAAGGAGAUAGCCAACACCUCCAUGUCCAUGCUGUUCUCCAUCAAUCCAGAGAACGGGAACCUUUACGCACUGAAAACCUUUGACUAUGAGAUCGAGAAGGAGUUUCUUUUCCACAUCGAGGCCAGAGACUCUGGCUCUCCUCCACUCAGCAGUAACGUCACGGUCCACAUCAUUAUCGUGGACCAGAACGACAACGCUCCGGUGAUUGUGUCUCCGUGGCGCGCGCACGGCUCAGUGGUGGAGGAAAAGAUCCCCAGAUCCACCGAUAAAGGCUCUCUGGUUGCCAAGGUGAUCGCCUUAGACACAGACUCGGUGCACAACUCUCGGAUUACCUACCAGUUUCUACAGGUGACUGACGCCACCUUGUUCAGUCUGGACCAGUACAACGGAGAGAUCCGGACUAUGAGGAUGUUCAGUUACAGAGAUCCGCGCCACCAGAGACUGGUUGUUGUUGCCAAGGACAACGGGGAGCCUGCUCUCUCUGCUACAGUCACCAUCAAGCUGUCCACAGUGGAGACUGCCGUUAAGGCCUACUCUGACAUGACUGAGGUGCCGCUAGAAUAUGACAUCUUUUCAGACCUCAACCUGUAUUUGGUCAUCGGUCUGGGCUCGGUGUCAUUUCUGCUGCUCAUCACCAUAUUGGUCACCAUCGUGCUCAAGUGUCAGAAACCCAAACCCAGCAAAGCGGCUCCUCCCUGCAGGAACAGUGUGCUCAGUGAGAGGAACUCCACCAUCGCAGACUCCACUCUGGUGUCCAACGAUGCCUACUGGUACAGUCUGUUUCUAGCAGAGACCAAAGGAAAGCUGGUGGUCAGACAGCCUGUGCCAAAGGGCUCCAGAUACAUCGUGUCCAGCAUACCGAGAGGGACAGGACUGACAGACACUAGUGACUCAGCAGCUUCCACUCUGCAGGUAUGACGAAAAACCUCCAUUAAACAUGCGAC